UCCCCGGGGGCUUGGAGAUUUCUUGGAGCGUAGUCUGAAUGCCACUCAGAGGAGUGCGUAAACAGGAAUCUGGGCUUCAAACUCCGCGCUGGGUUUAUCCUAAAGAACUGAACUAAUCGAUAUGAGCCGUCCGUCCUCUGCGGGCGGUGGGGGUGGAGGACUCGGUUCCGGGAAAACAGGAGGAGGAAAGCACGGCGGUUCGGGAGGAGCUGCUGCCUCAGCUGCAGCCGCCGGAGUAGGAGCUGUGGCCGGGUCUGGCUCGGCUCUACCUGUCGCUGCUGUUGCCUUGCCCUCAGCAUCGCUACCUGGGCAAUCUGCUGAACUUACAGCCUUGUUCGAGUGCCCGGUUUGUUUUGACUACGUCCUGCCACCGAUUCUGCAAUGCCAGGCCGGACAUCUAGUUUGCAACCAAUGUCGUCAAAAGCUGAGUUGUUGUCCGACUUGUCGCGGCCCUCUCACCCCGAGUAUCAGGAACUUGGCUAUGGAAAAAGUUGCUUCUACUCUACCGUUUCCUUGUAAGUACGCGUCAGCCGGAUGCCUGCUCUCCCUCCACCACAGUGAGAAGCCUGAUCACGAGGAGGUGUGUGAGUUCCGUCCCUACACCUGCCCGUGCCCCGGGGCCUCCUGCAAGUGGCAGGGCUCCCUGGAGGCUGUCAUGCCCCACCUGAUGCACGCCCACAAGUCCAUCACCACCCUGCAGGGAGAGGACAUCGUCUUCCUGGCCACAGACAUCAACCUGCCGGGGGCCGUGGACUGGGUCAUGAUGCAGUCCUGCUUCGGCCACCACUUCAUGCUGGUCCUGGAGAAGCAAGAGAAGUACGAGGGCCACCAGCAGUUCUUUGCCGUGGUGCUGCUUAUCGGAACGAGGAAGCAGGCCGAGAACUUCGCCUACCGCCUGGAGCUCAACGGGAACCGGCGGCGCCUCACCUGGGAGGCCACGCCCCGCUCCAUCCACGACGGUGUGGCGGCCGCAAUCAUGAACAGCGACUGUCUGGUCUUUGACACGUCCAUCGCUCACCUGUUUGCCGACAACGGCAACCUGGGGAUCAACGUUACCAUCUCCAUGUGCUGAGCGGCUCAGAUGUGGAAACACAGACCCACAGGCCUCUCUCACUUACACGUGCGAUGGGCAGAAACCGGUGCACAGUGACUGACUGCUGUGCUGUACCUGCCUCCUGUGUGAUGCAGUAGACUGUGUGUGAGAGGAUAGGUGGGAUAUGGAGAGGAUGUGUGUGUUUUGCUGCUUGAGGCUCGUUGGCUCCCCAUAAUGCUUGAAUGGAGACUGGGCUGUAGAGUAGUUUCAGGGUUAGGGUGUUUGCCUGUCCUCUCAUUGUGUGUGCUGGAGACAGUGUACAGUAAACUACAUGCGGUGGGCUUUUGAUGACUGAUGCCCUACCCGCCCCCAGGACCCCUCAACCGCUCCCACCCCACUCACCCCUACCUCCUCUUCUGCUCAGCCAACCAGUGCCAGGCAAGAAGGACACUGCCAGUGUAAGAAAGGGCGGUAAGUCAAUUGGCUGCCACACAGCGGUAUUCAGAGAACCUCCACUUCAACCGUGAAUGGCCCCUGCAGAUGCAGCUUCCUAAUCCUCACAGCAAAUUAAGUUUCAGUAAGUUGGUCAGUGGACCAAUUAGGCCUCAGACGCAUAUGGGCAGAGUCGGGUCUGAGAGUGACCAAUGUGCUGCCUCGGUCUGGGUUAGUGUGAGCUAAGCCAGGGUUGUUCAUGCCCUCCUAAACGAUUGCACUGACUACUAACCAACUCCUUACUUUUCAGAACCGCAAAACCCAACCGUUUCAAUAAUUAGGCUAUGUCAAUUAUACCCCAACCCUGGUGUGUAUAAUAAAUAUUGGUGAUAGAUCCUGAUCUGAUUGUAAGCAAAAGACUGCAUGUAUGUCCGCCAUGUAGAAUAAAGACACAGAUCAGGUGUUUUGGUUGUAGGCUCUCGUCAUAAUGCAUCAUAAAGGUUGCAUAAUGCCAUCGUAAGCAUGGUAUCAAACCUGUCAUAAGUACUGUUUGGUGAAACCCUGGGGCCUAGUUAUUCACAUGGAUUCUGUAUUACAAUACAAACAACAAAAAGUAAAACAAUCUUAAGUUGAAUCUUGAAAUUUUCAAACAACAAAGGUACAUUACUUCUCCAAAGUCACAAGCUCUGUUGCAUAAAACUCUGAUAGAUUGAAGGUUAGCUUGUUUGUUAACAAUGAAGUCCCUUUCUUUGGUAAGGUUAAUUGUCAUACAAUUUCAUGGAUGAAAAACAGGUGUCAUGUCAUAUUUAAGAUGGCAUUAUGUUUGUUUUGACACAUAAAUCAUAUUUCUAGUGUGCGAGCGUACAUGUUUGCAGGAGAUGGUACCACUACUGUUAUGAUUGUGUUUUUUUUUCUCUGCAGCCACUCCUCACCAACAGAGAUGAACACUAUGGUGGAGGCACGGCUUUCUUAUUUGUUCCUCUGUAUGUCUCUUGAAACCGUUUGUUCUGCAGAACCUGGUUUAUCUUCAGUUCUUCUACGCUCUGAUUGAUAUACUGUAAUAUGGGGGUAGUUUUGACUCUUCCCCUCUGGUCAGUCAACCCACCACAGCCUUACUUUUGUACGUAACCUAACUAGCACUCCCAAGUUGGGAAGGCAUCUGUGAGGAUGACUAAGUUAGACUCACUCAGACCCACCCUCAGUGUCUUGAACGGACUCUCGGUUUUUGUGGACUUUGGGGCAAAGUCCCAUGGCAUUGUGGGUAGAAAUGGGCAUUCCAUAGUACUCCAGCCAUGUACCUCGCCUUCACCCGGCGUCAUAGUAACCAAGCAACCAAAGCAAACAAAAACCCACCUUUUCAUAAAGUACCUCUGAUGACGUUGAUCACAGACAUGUCUGUAACCCAACAGAGUCCCCUCCUGCUCCCAGACACUGCAGUAUAUCCCAAAUCACCCUAUGCUGAUCACCUCUGCCCCACUGCUCUGUCUUAUAAGUAUUUGUAAUAUGUAAAUGUUGGAUGACCAUAUAUUUUCUAAAAGCUGAUAGGAGGAGAUUCUGUGUUCGGUUAAUCUGAGAUGUGUUUGUGUUCACGGUUACUCAAACUGUUGUACAUAGGUUUUGAGGUUAUUUUCUGAGCUGUUGUAACUACCUGCUAUCCUAUUUUAUUCUAGUGGUCAGUGUCCCUGCCUUACCCACUGAGUGGACAGACAUUUCUGCCAACACAAUCCUUUGGGCAGGACAGCUCUGCAAUUGCUAUGGCUGAUCUGUAAUAUCGGCAAAAAAUGCAAACUGUGACGCUCACCUUUCUUGUAACAUGGGCUUGAAGCCUUUAAUGCUGCAUCAGUUAUCAUGAGCCAUAGAGAACUGCAGAAAUCGGUGUGGAUUUCAUUAAUUAAUUGUUUAUGGGGCAAUGGGAGAUCAAAUCAAUGGAAACUAAGAGUCAGUGUCCACAAAAUUAGAUUUCAUGGUGCAUUUGUUUCCACUUAGCAAAAUGAAAACAUCUUUAGGUCUACAUCACCAUUACCUGACAAAAACAUCUGUCCAUCUACCCAUGUAACUUAAACAUACAAUGGCAGUUGCACAUAUAAAUCCUUUGCAGCUACUGUCAUAUGAACACCAAGUCCUAGAAAUGCUAAUGAAUACCUAGGCCAGGGUUAACCAACUGGUGACCCACAGGUGGUUUUAUUUGGCCCCCCAAGUUUUCUGUAGUUAUGUUUUGGGGCGGCUGGUAGCCUAGUGGUUAGAGUGUUUGUCGCUCGAAUCCCCGAGCUGACAAG